UCUUUUUUCUUUAUUGUUGGAUUCUUACAUAGCUCACACAUCCUCGAUUUUCUCAACCUGUUUUCCUCUUCCGUUCUGUUUCAAUAGGGUUUCUAUUUUUUUCCCUUUCCCUCUCCGUACCUUAUUUAUUUUUUCCCCACAAAUUCUUAAAUUCGUCGACGUAGAACCUCGAUUCAUUUGUGCAUUGAAUUGGUGCUGCAUUUGCUCGAUUUUGUUCUCUGCGAAUUGAACUUGAUGAGAGGAUGCUAUGAAGUAUAGUUCUUGGAGAUAACUCUGAGUGUAGCACUCUGAAUUUUGGAAUAUAAUGUUCACUCCGAGAAUGGAUUCUGCAAGGGAUGCUGGUGGUGUUGCAGCAGGGACGGUGCUAAUUCCCAUGCGAUUUGUGUGGCCUUAUGGUGGAAGAAGUGUGUAUCUCAGUGGUUCUUUCACACGGUGGUCUGAGCUUCUGCAAAUGUCGCCAGUUGAAGGUUGCCCAACUGUGUUUCAAGUUAUCCAUAGCUUGGCCCCUGGCUAUCAUCAGUACAAGUUUUUUGUUGAUGGAGAAUGGCGGCAUGAUGAACACCAACCUUAUAUAUCCGGAGAAUAUGGGAUAGUUAACACUGUUUUAUUGGCUACUGAGCCUAAUUUUGUACCUGUUUUACCUCCCGACAUAGUUGCAGGGUCUAACAUGGAUGUGGACAAUGAGGCUUUCCGGCGUGUGGUCCGAUUGAGUGAGGUGAUGCCGAGAAUAUCAGAUGUUGAUGUACAGACCUCGCGUCAAUGUAUUUCUGCAUUCUUGUCUAUGCACACAAAUUAUGAAUUACUUCCUGAGUCAGGCAAGGUUGUUACCUUGGAUGUGGAUCUCCCAGUGAAGCAAGCAUUUCACAUACUACAUGAGCAGGGAAUUCCGAUGGCUCCUCUUUGGGAUUUCUGCAAGGGGCAGUUUGUAGGAGUUCUCAGCGUUUUGGAUUUUAUUUUAAUUUUAAGAGAGCUUGGGAAUCAUGGGUCCAAUCUGACAGAAGAAGAGCUUGAAACACAUACCAUAUCAGCUUGGAAAGAAGGAAAAUGGACUGCAUUUUCAAGACGUUUCAUCCAUGCAGGGCCAUAUGAUAAUUUGAAAGAUACUGCUCUGAAGAUUCUGCAAAAUGGAAUUUCAACAGUUCCUAUUAUCCAUUCAUCUUCUGAGGAUGGUUCAUUUCCACAACUACUACAUCUAGCUUCACUUUCGGGAAUCCUAAAGUGCAUUUGCAGGUAUUUUAGGAAUUGUUCUAGUUCAUUGCCUAUACUUCAAUUUCCAAUUUGUGCAAUUCCUGUGGGCACAUGGGUACCCAAAAUUGGGGAGUCAAAUCGCCGUCCUCUAGCAAUGUUGAGACCAAAUGCUUCUCUUACUUCAGCCCUAAGCUUAUUAAUUCAAGCUCAAGUAAGUUCAAUACCAAUAGUUGAUGAUAGUGACUCUUUACUGGAUAUAUAUUGUCGGAGUGAUAUAACAGCCUUGGCAAAGGACAGAGCUUAUACACACAUUAAUCUUGAUGAAAUGACCGUUCAUCAGGCAUUGCAGUUGGGCCAGGAUGCUUUUAAUCCUUAUGAGUUGAGAAGUCAAAGAUGUCAAAUGUGUUUGCGAACUGAUUCUCUGCAUAAAGUGAUGGAACGUUUGGCAAACCCAGGUGUCCGGCGGCUUGUUAUUGUUGAAGCUGGCAGCAAGCGCGUAGAAGGCAUCAUAUCACUGACCGACAUAUUUAAGUUUUUCCUUUGUUAGUUUGGCUUGGUGACUUAACAAGCCUGACAGUUAGUGCUGCAGUGGUCAUGACCCUUCUGCAUAUAACGCAUCCAUCAUCGGCCCAUCCACCAAAGGGAGAGAUAUUCCAUUCCUUUCCAGAGCUUCUGCGCGGUGAUUUGAUCGUUAUUUCAUUGAAAUACAAUUGGUUCGGCUUCUUUGCUUCAUUGCCUUGUUUUAAGAUUUUAGGCUAGAGAAAGUGGCGGGCCUGUAAAUUUGAGUUUUUUUUUAUUGUCAAAAAUUAUUUGUCUCUCCCCAUUCAUAUUUAUCUUCAAAUAUGUUGUGCUCCUGAUUCAGAUACAAUACAAUCAAAGUGUGGUGCACAAGGUCUGUUGUAGUUGUUCCAUUUUGUUAUUAUUAAGGUACAAAGUUUAGGGGGGAAAUUUAUGGGAGGACGAGUAUUUGAAAUACUAUUAUUGUAUUGUUUUGUUUAUUAGCAUUAGUUCCUUUGACGUUGUCUUGAGAAAAAAGUGUCUGGUUGGCAGCAUUCUCAAAUCGUUGAUUGUUAAA